AUGUCUCCAACCCCGCCAUCCACGACCUCGUCAAACGCUAGUGCAUUUUCGCCCGAAGGACACUACAGGGUUAUCCGAAAGAGAAAUCGGGUGCCACUUUCCUGUGGCCCCUGCCGGCAUAGGAAACUCAAGUGUAACCGUGCUCACCCAUGUGAGAACUGCGUGAAACGAGGAGAUGCUGCCUCGUGUACCUACGCCCAAGCAAGCGCACGGAAGAAGAACGCCCCGCAACGAGUAUCGCCCAGCUCCCCAGAUGAUAUGCAGAAUAGGAUAGACCGACUAGAAAGCUUGGUUUUGUCGUUGAUGACAAAUGGUUCACAGGCCGCGGGCCCGGCUGCGGCUAUGGCAGCACUCUCUGGCAACAGCAGCAGUAUUGGUUCUGCCCAACAUACAACGGAUGUGGAUCUGGAUGAAGAAACGGGUGGCCCUGAGGAGAGCGAUACAGAACAAGUAACAAAAUCUUUUGGGGUAAUGAAGGUCGACAAUAAUAAAUCAUAUUAUUUCAGUGAAGCGCAUUGGGCGUCUGUCCUCAAUGAUAUUGCUGAAGUGCGUAAUUACUUUACUACGCACAAGAAACAAUAUGAGGAGCAUGCGGAGAAGUUGAAAGCAACAAAGCUUCCGACGGACGUGCCAGGGUCCACAUUGCUCUUCGGUGCUAUGAAAACCACUAGUCGUGCGGAGAUCAUGUCUUCGCUUCCCUCCAAAUAUACAACAGAUAUCUUAGUCGCCCGGUAUUUUAACAGCUAUGACCCCUCAACCAAUAUACUACAUGGACCUACAUUCCAAGCGCAAUAUAACAAACACUGGGAAGACCCGUCACAAACUUGUAUAGUUUGGAUUGGUAUGCUGUGUGCGAUUAUGCGACUUGCCAUGCUGUCGUAUCAUCGAGAGGGAGACGAACCGCCGGAGUUUCGAGGAAAGACUCUAGACAUGGCAGGCACCUUCCGGAAUCUAGUGGCGCAGUGUCUGACGCUGGCUGAUUAUACCAAACCUUAUCCGUCUUUGAUUGAAUCCUUGAUAUUCCAUCUGCAUGGAGAUUGGAUUCAAACAAAAGACGCAGAUGUGUCCGUUUGGGUGCUUGUGGGCGUGAUUGCUAGGUUGGCUAUGAGAAUGGGUUACCAUCGUGACUCAAAGAUGUUUCCCAACAUCACGCCUUUCCAAGGUGAAAUGCGCCGCCGAGUAUGGGCAAUCGUGCGGCAGUACGAUCUAAUAUUCUCCUUCCAAGUGGGCCUACCAAGCAUGAUUCGCUCCACAGAUAGUGAUACAGAAUUUCCACGGAAUUUGUAUGACGAUGACUUUGAUGAGAACUGCAAGGAGCUUCCUCCUUCACGGCCGCCAAACGAACCCACACCAGUCUCAUGCUUGAUAGCCAAAGGUCGCUUAACAUAUGCCUUUGGCCGUGUUAUCGAACAUACAUCUUCUAUACAAAGUCCAUCUUACGAUCAGGUUAUGGAGAUUGACUCUGAACUUCGCCGAGCGAGGGACUUGGUCCCUGAACAUCUUAUUGUUCGCUCUGUAGAAGAGCCCCAGCUGGAGCCCCCGAAAAUAGUUAUGGCACGAUGUGCUAUAAUGAGUGUGUAUCACAAAGCUCAGUGUGUUCUCCAUCGACGGUAUCUCAUUCGAGCGCGCGAAAAUCCUCGAUUUACAUACUCCCGGAGAACAUGUAUAGAUUCUGCCAUGGAAUUGCUUCGGUUUCAAUCAAUGCUGCACGCUGAAACCAUGACGCGGAUCCGGAACAAACAUGACAGGCUUACUGCACUCGUCUCUACAGAUUUUCUACUUGCUGCAACCAUCGUUUCUCUCGACCUCUACCACGGACAUCAAUUCCAAUCAGGAGGCCGCGCGUCCGGCGAUACCUACGCCUGGGGAAGAGAGCGACGUGAGGAAAUGAUAGCGGCAAUCCAGCGCUCUAAAGAGAUCUGGGAUGAACUUCGUGACGAUGCCCUGGAGGCGUGGAAAGCGUCAGGAGCUCUCGGGGUGAUGCUUGCCAGGCUGAACUUAGGCUACUCUGAUAGCAAUGCCGCUGCGCCUACCUUUGAACCUCAGGAUGAGAAGCAAAGUGCCGCCAUGACCUUGGGCCUUCUCAGUAGUGGAAUGAGUCCCAUGAACCCGGCUCCUUCCGCCUUCGGUGAUGGCACCAUUAAAAUGGCCGAGACUCCACUCGCACCACAGGGAGGAUUUGGAGCGGCAGCAGACAUACUUGGAGCCCCGUCGCCUCUAAGUGCUAUGUUUGGACAAAUGCCAGAUAUGCAGCUUCCUCUGGAUUGGGACACCUGGGAUAACUAUAUUCAGAAUGCAGCGCUUGACGUCUCGAACCAGUGGUGGCCAACGAUGGAUCCGCAGCAACAGCAGCAACAACAACCACAAUCCCAGAAUGCGUUAGGAUCAGCUGGUUUAGCGUCGGUGCAGAAUAGUGCUGCAGACAAGAUGCGCUCGUUGCCUUCUUUUUCCAACGUCUUUUACCCUGAUGCCAAUGCUUACGAUAGCAAUAAUUCACCGCCGAACAACUCAAGCACACGUUAA